UUCCUUCUUCCAUCCAUCUUCAAAUCAUGCAGUACGUUCGAACAAUGGUUCAAUGCUCCGUUCGCUACAACCGGAGAGAAGGUAGAGCUGAACGAAGAAGAAACGAUUCUUAUCAUUCGUCGUCUGCACAAGGUCUUGCGUCCUUUCCUGUUAAGGCGUCUCAAGAAGGAAGUGGAGUCUCAGCUGCCCGACAAAGUGGAAUAUAUUAUCAAGUGCGAUAUGUCUGGACUACAAAAAGUUUUAUACAAACACAUGCAGAGUAAGGGUGUAUUGUUGACUGAUGGAUCAGAGAAAGGAAAACGCGGCAAGGGAGGCGCUAAAGCAUUAAUGAAU